GAGAGGGGGGGAGGGGAGACACAGGCUGAGCUGAUCCCACGUGUGACGCUUGCAUUCCCGGCUCAGUAAAAUUGUCUUUAGCGUGCUUCGGUGUAGCGUUGUGCCGCCUGUCUUCGUUAGUUACUGGCUAUAGUUGGGUUAGCUAUGGAGGGAGACGGGAGCCAAGCCACAUCUGGAGGAAGCCCUAAUGAUUCGCAACACGACCCGGGUAAAAUGUUUAUCGGUGGUCUCAGCUGGCAAACUUCACCAGACAGCCUUAGAGACUAUUUUACUAAAUUCGGGGAAAUCAGAGAGUGUAUGGUGAUGAGAGAUCCAACGACAAAACGCUCCAGGGGCUUCGGAUUCGUUACUUACGUAGAUGCUGCCAGUGUAGAUAAUGUCUUAGCUCAGCCACAUCACGAAUUAGACUCAAAAACGAUCGAUCCUAAAGUUGCCUUCCCUAGACGUGCUCAACCCAAGAUGGUCACAAGAACAAAGAAAGUAUUCGUAGGAGGAUUAUCAGCGAACACAGUAGUUGAAGAUGUGAAGCUGUAUUUUGAACAGUUUGGCAAGGUGGAGGACGCCAUGCUUAUGUUUGACAAAACGACUAACAGACACAGAGGUUUCGGCUUUGUUACUUUCGAGGUUGAGGAUGUUGUGGAGAAAGUAUGCGAGAUCCACUUUCAUGAAAUCAAUAAUAAAAUGGUAGAAUGCAAGAAGGCCCAGCCCAAGGAGGUGAUGUUCCCGCCAGGUACGCGAGGCAGGGCCAGGGGCCUGCCCUACACCAUGGAUGCCUUCAUGCUGGGGAUGGGCAUGCUGAGUUACCCAAACAUUGUAGCAACGUAUGGCCGUGGAUACACUGGUUUUGCCCCGAGUUACAGCUACCAAUUCCCUGGCUUCCCAGCGACGGCGUAUGGACCGGUGGCAGCAGCGGCAGUGGCGGCAGUGCGUGGCUCAGGUAGGGGGGCCCGUGGAAGAGGUGGCUACAUGGCAUACCAGCAGAACGCAGGGGCAGGGUUCCCAGAUUAUGGGUUCUAUUCCGGGGCCGGGCCCAGUGACCUGCGGGGCCCCCCCUGCUCCUUUGCCGACUAUGGCUCCCUGGGGCCCCAGGCUGCUCAGAUGCUGCAGCACAGUGAGCAUCAUGCCACCUCCGCCUGCAACUCCCCCCUCCAGCACCACCUGCAGCACAGCCCGGACCCCUUUAAGAGCCCAGGCACCAACCAGGCCCGGCCCGGAGCCUUCCCUGGCACCAACAGUCCCGGGCCCGUGGCUGACCUCUAUGGCACUACGAGCCAGGACUCCGGCGUGGGCAACUACAUUAGUGCUGCUAGCCCCCAGCCUGGCUCUGGCUUCGGCCACAGCAUUGCUGGCCCCUUGAUUGCAACCGCUUUUACAAAUGGAUACCAUUGAAACCUAACAGGUGGUUGGUUGCCAUCUCAUUCGAGCAGAGUAUUUCAGGAGGCCCGGGGAAGACCGGGCGGAGUUUUUAACUGGCUAUGUGAACAGGUGAUGCCAUCCAACACCAAGCACUACAGCAUCAACCCACAGGAGAAGAGUGGAGGUGGCACCAUGUGAAGAAGAACUGAAGAAAAUGUCAAAAUCAUCUCAGAAAAAGAAACUACAAUCUGCUGUACUAUAAUCCAAACCUGGUGUUCACGUCCAUAAUAUCCAACUGUAACCCAGUAACUUUGUGUUGGAUUUAGGUGUUUUUACCUUUAAAUGUUCCUUUUUUUAAAUCGAUUUCGUUUAUUUUCUUUCUUUUCAAUGUAGUCUUCAAAUUAAUAAGGAAGAUUCAUUAUAUUUUUUACUUAGGAUCAAAAAUACACAAAUAUCGGAUACUAUGUUAAAUGAGUAACUAUUUAUGUAAACUGUCUUAUUUCAUGUUUUAUUUAAAAAAAAUAGAUUGCUAUGUUGCUAUGGUUUGUUUUCAUCCUUGGUAAUGGAAAACAUUUCAGGUGUCAGUUUGCACGUACAGUGUAUUCGGAAUGUAUUCAGUCCACUUCACUUUUUGCACAUUUUGUUACGUUACAGCCUUAUUCUAAAAUGUAUUACAUUGUUUUUUCCCCUCAUCAAUCUAAGCACAUUACCCCAUAAUGACAAAGCAAAAACAGGUUUUUAGAAUUUUUUGCAAAUGUAUUACAAAUAAAAAACAUCAUAUUUACAUAAGUAUUCAGACCCUUUACU